GCCGGCUGAGCUGGUCUUGCUCCUCGGUGCGCGGCGGCGGAAAGCGAGGCCUGGUGAAUACUGCUGAGGCGCGGGCAGGCUCUUCGAGGUUGUGCGCGGGAGAGGUACCGUGGGCGAGCGAGCGAGCGCCUCACUCUAGCAGUGGCACCGGGAUCGGUUGCCUCGAGCCGAAAUCAUGACCACCCCAGGAAAAGAGAACUUUCGCCUGAAAAGUUACAAGAACAAAUCUCUGAAUCCUGAUGAGAUGCGCAGGAGGAGGGAGGAAGAAGGACUACAGUUACGCAAGCAGAAAAGAGAAGAGCAGUUAUUCAAGCGAAGAAAUGUUGCUACUGCAGAAGAAGAAACAGAAGAAGAAAUUAUGUCAGAUGGUGGCUUUCAUGAGGCCCAGAUUAAUAACAUGGAGAUGGCACCUGGUGGUGUUAUUACUUCUGAUAUGAUUGAAAUGAUAUUUUCCAAUAGCCCAGAGCAACAGCUUUCAGCAACACAGAAGUUCAGAAAACUACUUUCAAAAGAACCUAAUCCUCCUAUUGAUGAAGUUAUCAGCACACCAGGAGUAGUGGCAAGGUUUGUGGAAUUCCUCAAACGAAAAGAGAAUUGUACACUGCAGUUUGAAUCAGCUUGGGUACUGACAAAUAUUGCUUCAGGAAAUUCUCUUCAGACCCGGAUCGUGAUUCAGGCAGGGGCAGUGCCCAUCUUCAUAGAGUUGCUCAGCUCAGAGUUUGAAGAUGUCCAAGAACAGGCAGUCUGGGCUCUUGGCAACAUUGCUGGAGAUAGUACCAUGUGCAGGGACUAUGUUUUAGACUGCAAUAUCCUUCCCCCUCUUUUGCAGUUAUUUUCAAAGCAAAACCGCCUGACAAUGACCCGGAAUGCAGUAUGGGCUUUGUCUAAUCUCUGUAGAGGAAAAAGCCCACCUCCAGAAUUUGCAAAGGUUUCCCCCUGUCUGAAUGUGCUUUCCUGGUUGCUCUUUGUCAGUGACACUGAUGUACUGGCUGAUGCCUGCUGGGCCCUCUCGUAUUUAUCAGAUGGACCCAAUGAUAAAAUUCAAGCGGUCAUUGAUGCAGGAGUAUGUAGGAGACUGGUGGAGCUGCUAAUGCAUAAUGAUUAUAAAGUGGUUUCUCCUGCUUUGCGGGCUGUAGGAAACAUUGUCACAGGGGAUGAUAUUCAGACACAGGUAAUUUUGAAUUGUUCCGCUCUUCAGAGUUUAUUGCAUUUGCUGAGUAGCCCAAAGGAAUCUAUCAAAAAGGAAGCAUGUUGGACAAUAUCUAAUAUCACAGCUGGAAAUAGGGCACAGAUCCAGACUGUGAUAGAUGCCAACAUCUUUCCAGCUCUUAUUAGUAUAUUGCAAACUGCUGAGUUUCGGACAAGGAAAGAAGCUGCUUGGGCCAUCACAAAUGCAACUUCUGGAGGAUCAGCUGAACAGAUCAAGUACCUAGUAGAACUGGGUUGUAUCAAGCCGCUCUGUGAUCUCCUCACUGUCAUGGACUCUAAGAUUGUACAGGUUGCCCUUAAUGGCUUGGAAAAUAUCUUGAGGCUUGGAGAACAAGAAGCAAAAAGGAAUGGCACUGGCAUUAACCCUUACUGUGCUUUGAUUGAAGAAGCUUAUGGUUUGGAUAAAAUUGAGUUCUUACAGAGUCAUGAAAACCAGGAGAUCUACCAGAAGGCCUUUGAUCUUAUUGAGCAUUACUUUGGGACCGAAGAUGAGGACAGCAGCAUUGCUCCCCAGGUUGACCUUAGCCAGCAGCAGUACAUCUUCCAGCAGUGUGAGGCUCCUAUGGAAGGUUUCCAGCUUUGAAGCAAUACUGCUUUCAUGUUCCUGUGUCAGACCAGGCUACCCAGUCGAGUCCUCUUGUGGAGCCCACAGUCCUCAUGGAGCUAACUUUUCAAAUGUUUUCCAUAAUACUGUUUGCGCUCAUUUGCUUGCCUUGCGCACCUGCUCUCUUACACACAUCUGGAAAACCUCUGGCUCUCUGUGGUGGAAUACCCUUAUAAUAAUAGGGUAACCAGAACGGCCCACUUUAAUGGAAAAAUCCCUAGGCUUUGGAGAUCCGCAAUUAUAUUAGAGUCAUGGGUAUAUAUAUAUAUAUAUAUAUAUAUAUAUAUAUAUAUAUAUAUAUUAAUGUGGCUCCCUUUUUUGUGGGGGAGAAAAAAGGACUCUUCCUCAUUCCCUUUAAAGUGGGAAACAAAUACUGACAUUAAAAGAUAAAACUAAACCUUUAUCUUGAAUUUCACACAACUACUUGUGACAAGGGAGAUGUUUAGACUUGUUGUGUACACUUCAGAGUACUUUUCAUGAGUUCUUCCACAGUGAACCCUUGGAUUAUCUGGUGGCUUUUUCUAGCCAAAUUUGCAUUAAUUCUUACUAAGAUUGGAUGGUUUUCUUUCCUCUAUUGGCGCCAUUCUUCAGAUAUUAAAAUUAAACCAUCCACUCCCUUACCUUCAGCCUUCAGUGAAUGCUUUCUAGUUGUCAGGAAUGCUGAAGAAUUAACACUUUGACUCUUAAAUGUGAUACUGGUUUGCAGAUUCCCUUAAAGCAGAAAAAAGAGGAGCACGUAUUAAUUUGUAUGGCUUUUGCUUCUCUUUGGUCUUGUGUGACUUAGGAUUUGGAAGUGGUUCAGUUCUAAUGCUGGUAUGAAGAUUUAGAGUUCUUAGUAAUCAAAAAACAUAUCCUAUAAUUCAGUUACAAAAUAAGGAGGAAAAAUAAAAGGACUUGAACCUUCCAAUUUUCUCAGACUUAACCCAGAUGACUAGAGGCUGUGUUUCUGCAUUACAACAAAUAUUUCAGGCUUUGUGGUCCUGAUCAAGGUCCUCAGUAAAUUGGAGUUAACCCUAGGUGCUUUCCCCCUCUGUGACUGGCAGAUAACACAUUAUUUUAAAGAAUACUUAAGAAUUUUUUUUUCUUAGUCAAGUGCAGCUUGAUUCUGAUAUACUCCGGCUGCAUAUAUGAUCCCUGUAAUGUAGCAUUCUUAAGAAAAACAACCAUUUUUCUCAACAUGACAUGCUUAAUUCAAAUAAGGGCAGUGAUCUUUUUUUUUAAUAACCUCAUUGUUCCCUAAUAAUUUUAUUUCGUCUACUAGUACCAACUCCCACCCUCACCCCCAAUAAAAAUGGUGUCCACCUUCUGACUCAUUUAAUGAUGACUGCAAUCUAUACCUGCAAAUGGCGCUUCCAGUACUGUGUUCACUGAUCCACAUUUUGUGCUUGGACUGGAAUGAAAAUAUAAGCUUAAUUGCCAAGAUAACUGCAACUGAGUUCAAUACGACUUCUCGGUGCUAGUUGGCCAUCUUGACUCAAUGUUGGGAUACACUAUCAGAGAAGAUUUUUUUGAUGAUGAUUCUGUUCAAAAUGAAUUCUGAAGGAAAAGUUGCUGACUUCUGUUUCAGAGCAUACCCUUUUAAACCUCUUUAGACUUAUCCUCUUCUAGAAUUCAUAACCCCAAAGUGUAAAAUCUAUCUGGAAGUUGCCCCUGACAAGCUAUUAUACAUCUCUGAUAAAUCCUGCUGAAUGUAGGAGAUUUUCAGAGCUUUCAUACCUCAUCAUGAUGUUAUUUAAACAGCCAACUUAUGUGACCUGAUUUAAACUUUUAAAAAGCCCACUUCAUUCAAACUAGAAAGAUUCAAAGACAAAGGACAUUUAUCAGCCAAGAGUGACGCAUUCUUCGCCUCUAGUCUGUAGUUGUGUCUGUGCUCGGGGAUGGAUACGUCUGAUGUCUGUUGUUAUUGAUGGAGCAGCCACAGCAAAACUAGUCAACUCUCAUCUAUACUGUUACUUUUUCUAGUGCUGCUUUGUGCUGAGGAACUUUUUAGUUUACUGCACUUGACUUGUAAAAGACUUUGAUUCUUUGUAAUUUUAGGGAUAAAUUAGGUGGUUAAUUUAAAGAAGAACUUUCAAUGUUGCCUUUACAUCACAUUAAAAUAUGACUUCUUUCAGAAGGAUAAUAGAAGCACUGAUUCAUAGUAAAAAUCUCAUUUUUAGCUUUGAAUUUUUUUUUUUUUGUGGCUGAGUUUUUUUAAAUUGUAAAUUACUGGUAACGUCAUUUCUAUAGGAUGUUUUGAAUUAUGUAUCUUCUAUUGGAUAGUUAAUUUUUUUUUCAUUUUAUAAACCAAUUUGAAUGGAAAAUAUAAAGCACACCAAGUGUAUUGCCACAUUAGUAAGAGUAGUGUAUGGUGGGAAUUUUUGCUAACAAUAGCAGGUGUCUCAAUGAAUGAAUUAAAACAAAAAAAGUCCAUUU